GUUUCGUAAUUGAAGUCUCCUUUAAUUCAUCCUGUAAUUAUUUGAAUCGCAGGCUGCAGCGUGAAAACGAAACCAAAUCUAUGUUGGUUACACAGCUGCCUUCGGUUUCGUUUUAUAAUAACAGAUACCCACCCUAGCUGCAGAGAGAUGCAGUCUACGACAACAGUUCAUGCUGAUGGAGUCUGACCAUGGAUGAGGAGGUUGACCCUGACGACGAAAAUGUGAACUCCGUCUUGGCUCAGGAAUCCUCAGAACUGCUCCACAUCCUUAGCGGUCAGUCACCCGCAGUCAUAAUGAAGUUGUGCCAAAUGAUGCCCAGUGAUGCCGGGUGGAACGCCAACAUGGCCCCCGGUAGCUCCUCUGCAGCAGCAGCAGCAGAAACAGAACACAUCGAAGCCAUGUUGGAGUACUUCAGGGUGGCCAACGCUGCAGAGUGCCGCAACUUCCUGGAGAGCAUGUGUCUUUUGUGUGAGAACAUCCCCAUGCGCCUGGAGUCGAGGCUCAUGUCAGUGGCUGGAUAUGCAAGUAAUGUUUGUGAACAUUCAGGUCCCAGUGUUACGGAUGGGAAGUCGUCAUCGCCGCCUUCAGAGCAGCUCAUCAAACGGCCACGGAUUGAUCACUGGGAGCAGUACAUUGCUGCAGUGAUGCAUUUAUUGCAGAGGAGGUGGGAGCGACUCAGUGAGCGCCUGGUGAGGGAGGUCCAGCUGGAGAAUGUGUGGGUCAGCCCAAGAACGGCAAACAGAGGCAAGGACAGACCUGAUCAAACCCCCGGAUCAGCAGAGAAAGGGGGCAAAACACCAGAUCCUGAUGGGGAUUAUGGGUCUCUGGAGUCCAGAGUGACAUUGGAGAACUUCCUCCAGGGAUGUGCAGGGAAGGUGACAGUUCUCGUUGGCCAGGCUGGAUCAGGAAAAACCCUGCUGAUGUCUUGUUUAGGACAGCAGUGGGCACAUGGACUAGGCCCUAUCCCUUCAUCUUACCUGUUUGUCCUGCUAGAGUUUCGUCAGCUCAAUGAACUGUCCCGCCCUCUCUCCCUGUCUGAGCUGCUAUUUGGACACUACCUCCCUCUGAAGGGGGGCGACGAAGAAAAGAGAACCAUUGUGGAUUACCUCCUUUCCAAUCCAGAACAAAGCUGUUGGGUGCUGGAUGGCUAUGACGAGUUUCACAGCAAACUCACCAAACAAGAGGUGCAGGGAGACCUAUUGGACCCAGAAAAGCCUCUGCCUGUUACAGACCUCAUCUCAGGGCUGUUAAAUCGUCAGCUUCUUCCAGGAUGUACUGUGGUGGUCACCUGUCGUGUACGCGAUGUCAUCGAUUUGGAAGGAAUGGCAGAUAAAGUGGGGCAGCUGCUGCAGUGGGACCGCCAGGAGAUCGAGGAGUAUGUGGACAACUUCUUUGGAGUAAAAGACAGAGCUCUCGGGGUGCAGGCAGCAGAUCUCCUUCUUUCCAGUCGACACCUACUUGCCAUGUCAUCCCUCCCUGCCCUCUGCAACAUCUGCUGCAUCUGUCUGGAGCAUUUACUACUGAAAGGGAGAGACUCAGGAAGGACACAGAUACCGGUAGAAAGAGGAAGUGAAACAAGGAGAAAAGUGAAGAAAAAAGAAGAAAAAGGAGUAGAGAUUCCAGGAGGAGGAAGAGGAGAAGAGGGCAGUAUAGGAGGGAGUUAUGUGCAAAGGGGAGAUCAAGGAGGAGGAAGAAGAGGGAGUGAAGACAUAACGAUAGAUAGAACAAAUGGUAGAGCCCAGCUACCUCCCACACAAGCCCAGAUACCCUCCACCCUCACCCAGGUCUACCUCACUGUUCUUGGUGCGUUUCUGAGCCGUGACCCUGAUACAAGAGGAAGCAAUGACGACCCAAAGACCACGAGACUUCCACAGAGUGUUGUGUGCACGUUGACCACUCUGAGUCAGUAUCGAUCUGAGCUGUGUGAGCUGAGUCAGCUGGCCUGGAGAGGGUUAGAGGACAGCAAGAUCCUCUUCAUGGAAGAAGACAUUUCUCAGGAUGUUUUGGAGUUUUCAAUCAGGACAGGGCUCUUGUCACAGGUGGAGCUGAGACGUGAGGAUGGGAUGCUUGUCAACUCCUACUGCUUCAUUCAUCUGAUAUUACAGGAGUUUUUGGCUGCACUCAGAGUCAUGACCAGUGCUGAUGUUAGUGACACGCAGCUCAAGAAGAGAUUCAUUCUGAGAACUCGCUGGACGACCAAGUCAGACCAGAGGACAGUCUUUACUGACUCCCUGCACCUGUUUGUAUGUGGUCUGGCUUCCCCACACUGCACUGCAGCCUUAGUUCAAUUAGCCAGGACCUCUGGUGGAACAGGAGGACAAAGUUGGGUCCAAAAACGACAAACCCUCGUUCUGAAACUGCUACAAAACUUUUGUCACAGCAACACCCUUACUGGACCAAAGAUUUUGGAUCUUUGCCACUGUGUCCAGGAGAGCCAGGACCACCAACUAGCUAAGCAGGUUGUAGAGACGAGGCCCACUCUGGAGCUGCGCAACAUCCGGCUAUUACCUAAUGAUAUUGAUGCUCUGGCUUUUGUAGUUAACUCAGUAGGUGAUAAUGGCAUUGGAUUAGACUUUGGAGCAUGCGCAAUGGAGUUGGAGUGUUUAGAUGUUCUGUCCAGGUGUCAGUACAUUCACUACCUCAGUUUUCGCGGCCGCAAGUACGACGACAAGUUUGCCGAGAAGUUGUCCACCAUUUUGCCAAAAUUCACAACCCUGAGAAAACUAGAGUUUUGUGUUGCCAGUCUGACUGCCACAGGAGCGGCUAGUUUGGCCUCUGCUCUACAGGACUGUCCAGACAUCACUGAAAUCAAUUUUAGUGACAACAAUCUGAAAGACGGAGGAAUCAAACACAUAGCUGCCAUAUUUACCAAACAACCAAGACUGGUCUCGGUAAUGCUGGGUCGAAACAACAGCUCUCUGGAAGCAGUGGACUAUCUCAUCAGGAAAAUGUCUUCAUGUUUGAACAUCCAGCACAUUCAUGCAGAUGGGAAAAAGGAAUUGACAGUAACUUUCUCCAAAAACUCUGACUUGAAAAGCCAUAAAACAACAUCUGAACCAACAAUCAGCUUGUUGAACCAGAAAUGGAGCAAGCCUGAUAUGCAAAAACUUGCAAAGUCAUUGGCACGCUGCCCCGCCCUGUCUGUCCUGGAUAUGUCUGGAGGCCUUUUGGAUGUUGGAACUCUGAGGACGCUGACUCAGUCUUUGCCAAAGUUCAACGUCACCAAAAAGAUCAUUGCGAAUGACAUCUGCUCCUCAGUGGAGGGUUUGGUGAUUCUGACUGCUCUGCUGUCCAAUUGUCCUUCUGUGGUGGAGCUUCAUAUCAGACUACAGAGUCCUGUCCAGAUGUCCAUAGUGUUUUCUGGAGGGAGAGAAAAACCUCAGAAAAAGAUUCUCUGUCUCAGCUGCUGUGGUCUGCUAUCUACUCAUCUGGAUGGAGUGUGGAGGAGCUUGGGAACCUCCUCUGAUCUCACUCUGCUGGAUCUGUCCAGUAACUGUUUAGGCAAGAAAGGUCUGAUUAAACUGUUGGACGUCCUGCCUCGCCUCAGAAACCUGCAGGAAGUAAAUGCCAGUAACAAUGGGAUUGGCAUGGAAGGAGUGGUGAUGCUGGCUGGUGCUUUGUGCUCCCUUGACAACUUAACACAAAUUCACAUCAGUGAUGGAGACAGAGAGCAGGUGAUCCUGAAGUUCUGCCCUGAUAAAAGGGAUGACAAACAGCAGCUAAAGAUGUUCAGGUUAAACAUCAGCAGCCUCCUGCCAGCCGAUGUAACCACACUCUGUAGACGAUUGGUCCAGUGUAGCUCCCAUUUGGAGUUAGAUUUGUCUCACAGCUCAUUGACAGACAAGGCUAUCGAGAAUCUGCUGAAGGUCCUGCCGAAGAUGACAUCACUGCAGAGACUCAAUGUCAGCCACAGCAUCACAUCCACAACUGGAGCACUGAUGUUGGUCAGAUGUUUGACUGCCAGUCAGCGAGUCACAUCAGUGGAGCUCAGGCCUCAGACUGAAUCCUUCAUCCAUUUUGACAGUGUGAAAGCAGAACAAGCCAGCUGCAGGUUAACUCAUUGUAGCCUGAACGGUGACAACUUGGAGAGACUGCUCGAGAUCCUACAGCAGGGUCCUCAACUGUCUCACCUGGAUUUAUCAAGGAACCAACUGGAAGAUGAAGGAGUGAAGCGUUUUGUGGAUUCUCUACAAAAGCUUAAAAUCACCAGCUGUGUAAAUUUGAGCAACAAUGGUCUGACCCAGCUGGGGCUGUUGGAUGUGGCCAGCACACUGUGUACCUGUAACAACGUCUCUGCUGUAGAAGUCAGUUUGGGAGCAGAGGAGAGGUGUCUCAUCUGGUUUACACAAUAUGAAGGUUGUGUAAAAACGCUGAGUGUCAGAGAGAGUAGUUUGGAACUUGAACAUCUGGUCAGAUUAGCGGACAUUGUGUCUGACUGUCCCAGUCUGACCAAACUGGAGUUCAGGAACAACUUGCUGCAGUCAGAUUGGAUUGAAGACUUUGUGAAGCAGUUAAACAGCAUUCAGAGAGGAUUCAGUGUCAGUAUUGAGGAAGAUUGGAUCAGAUCUGAGGAAGCUGUUAGUUUGUUGUGUCGCUGUCUCUGUGAUCUCAGCAGCAACAUACACACUAUCAGGGUUCACCACACCACGCUACACCUGUCUUUGAUGAAGUCCGCUGAACUGACCUCAGUCAGUGAUGACUCUGCAGAUCUGACCCCAUCAAUGGCCACAGAAAAAAUAGGCCUCUUGGACUGUGCAGUCGAGGGGUAUCAGCUUGCAUCUAUGAAGAGCAUCAUCCCGAGGUGUCCUUUACUGACAGAGCUUGAUUUUUCCCACAACAGCCUGGAUAUAGAGGGAGCUGAGUUUCUCUGUUCUGUUCUGCCCUCGCUGCCAAAUCUCACUUCUCUCAGUAUUGGUUCCAAAGAGGCUUGUGUGACUGUGGUUGAGAAGCUCUCAGAGGCCUUGUUGCAGGCUAGAGCCAUUCAGCGCCUAAAUCUGUCAGGUCAUGUGAUUGGUGACACAGCAGCCCGCAUUAUGACCAAAAUGAUGCCCCGCCUAAGAUCACUCAAUCUGUCUCAUUGUGAGUGGUCAGCGGCUGGAGGUCUGCGGCUCGUCGAAGCGCUAGGAGAGUGUGUCAGUCUGGAAGGCCUUUGUCUGGACUCCUUGAAGCUGAAUGAGGAGAGCAUGGUGUGCCUGGCACAGGCACUAAGGAAUAUCAACUCUAUACGCAGCCUCAAGCUGAAUAAGAUUGCAGCAAUGGGACCAUCAGAAGAAAACAGUGUGCUAGAGCUCCUAGCUGCUAUGGAGGGACUCACACAAACAGAGGAGAUAGAGUUGGAGGGCUGGAGGAUGGCUGAUAGAGGAAUAGAACAGCUGAUCAGACUCCUUCCUAUCUGGACGGAGCUCAGGAAGAUCAGCCUAUCAAAGAACCUUAUCAGCGACCAAUCAGGAGACAUGCUAUUGGAGGCUUUGAACAGCUGUAGUCACCUGGAAGAGCUCAAUCUGUCUAGCAACAGUCUCGGUGAUCUCACUGCUGCCAGGAUGGCCCUCGUUCUACCGUCACUGACACAUAUCACUUUGUUGGAUAUGUCAGAUAACAGGAUUGGACAUGAAGGGGCGGUGAGCCUGUCCAAAGCAAUAAUGUUCAUGAAGAACCUCACCAAGAUCCAUCUGACCUCUGUUGGGACUUCAGAGCUGUGUGCUGUAGCUGCCAGUCUGUCCAACUGUCCCCUCAUACAGGAUGUGGGUCUGGGAUGGAACACUUGUGGUGAUAAAGUGGCAGAGGAGCUGGCCAGAGUUAUGCCUCUCUGUCAGAAGCUGACCAGAAUAGAUCUGGAGUCAAACACUGUGAGUGUCUCUGGAGCAGAGGCCCUGUUUAGAGCCCUGCAGUCGUGUCCUGCUCUGCAGCUCAUCAGGCUGUGGAGGAACAACAUCACCUCCAGUGAGGCCCAAACGCUCAGUCUGAGGGACAGGAGGCUGAAUUUUUCAUCCACCUAAUGUGAUCUGCAUUGUUGGGCGGUGGCAGUGGCGGUGGAGAAGUAACAUUCCAGUUCAUGAGAAUCUGCAGAGGUGAAUCACUGCUACAGUGUUCAAAUGUGUUUACCAUCAGAAAAGCAUGAGGGGUAAUCUUACAGCAAAUGAUUAAGAUCCCCAUGUAACUUUUGUGUUUAAAAACCCUUAAUCAGUUGUGUAUGUGAUGACUGCAGCAGCUGGUGUCUCUAAUAGUAUGAAGGGUUAAAAGACCACUAUGUGGUCUACUAUAGGGGAGAACUUUCAUCCCUUUUAGCAUUUCCCUAAAAUGCCUAUAAUGUUUAGAGUUUGUAUAGAGAAGUACAAAGUAGUGAUUAAGUACAGAAAAGGAAAAAAAAACAAACAUCAAUUUUUGAGACAAUUUGAAUGUAUGACUAUGAACUUAUUGGCCUCUAGUUUCACGACGGUAAACUGGCGCAAUCAGCUGACAGCGUGGCGGUCACACAAUGUCCCUUUUGUCAGGUGUGUUAUGAAUAUAAGACCUGAGUCUUUAACCAGUGCAUCACCACGUGUGACAGACAACUGGCAGAAAAAUGCCAUAAACUCACCGUUCAGUAACUGCAACAGAAAGUGUUGCUACAUCAUUAUGUUAAAGGACCAGUAUGAAUAUAAUGGGGACCACAGAGAAAUACAGAAAGCUACGUCGGGAAUAUUAAAAAUGAUUAAAAUAAGCAUCAAGAAUGUCCUUACAGCAACUAAAUUAAUCAGUAAAAUAAAAUUGUGAGUCAGUAAACCUAAAGGUCCCAAUAGGGAUAUUAUAGGAAUAUUAUACAGGGAUGAAAAUGAUAGAAAUAAGUGAACUAGAGCUCUGGAAAUUCACUUUUUUUGAUAAUUUAAUAGAUAUAGCCAUUUUAAUAGUUUUUCCCAGCACUACUUGUUUCUAAUCAAACUCACAAAAACUCCAAACCCAUGCUCUGUAAAACUGCGAUGAGGUUAACAAUAUCCCUAUCUGAGAUAGCCGGCGGAGGGACAACCCACAAAGCUUAUUAUUUUGGAUCAGCCCCGUCCAUUCAGUGUGGUUAAUGCCGGCUUUGCGCACACUGUCCCUGCUCUUUCUGCUAUCCCACACCGCCAUGAACCUAGAGGUCAUGAUGUAAAGGAUUGCUCGGCUUCCAGUAAGUUUCAAGCUAAUAACUUAAAUGUACUAUGAAUGCACACUCUGAUAUGCUGAGAAACUUUGCACUGUAAAGUGUUUACAAUAAUAGAGGCCACAUAAGUGAAAACACAAUAAAUCAUAAACUCACAGUAAAGGAGGAGUUGAAAGGGAGGAUCCCCUCUCUGUUAUCUGCUCUUACGGUUAUUUUAAGGUUGUGGUCUCUAUCCAAUCUGCGUAUUUAUUUCUGCUGUUAAGGAAAGUUAUUUAGUUAGAUGUAAUUCAAACAGUUUCAGUUUUUUACACAUGUGAAUAAUAGAUGAUAAUAAUUAGAUUGAACAAGAAGUGUGAAACACUGUGAGAAUAACAGAUUGCAUUCUCACCACUGUCGUCUCUCGAGUUUCUUGUUGUGUUGAUAAUGUUGUAAUGAUGCUUUCGUUCUGAGACAAAUGCACCUUAUUUCCUUCCCCAUUCCUUUAUGUGUUGUUGUCUAGCUUUUCCAGAUCAUUCAGUUUUAUUAUGAUUUCUACAAGGACACUGGAUUUUAAGUUGCACAGACCAAAAUGUUAUGUGGUACUGUAGUUGAUAUUUAAAAAGUGGUUUUGGCUUUUUAAGGUUUGUGAUCAGGUUGACAAAAUACCUCUAUCCUUGACAUUUUGACUUGCACUGAGAUGGCUAUUUUGAUUAAAAAAAGACUACAUUGAG